CGACUCUCAUGGCCAGUGAAUCGACCUUUUCAUAAAAUGCUUUGUGAUGCAGUAUUUUGAAUCGAAAAUCUACCAAAAUCGAAAGAUAUACGGCAAGCCAGUUGUCUUUGAGAAACUUUAGGAUGUCUAUAGAGACACAAGAUGAUGAACAAUGGAAACUCUUUCUCGAGGGUUCCAUGUUCGAGGAUCAUUUUAAUGAACUCGAGAAGAUUUGUGAAGAGGUUUAUGGUGGCCAUUCUGAGCUCUUUGAUGAUGAGUUUUUGAGGCCUAUUUGCUCAUUACUUCUAGAACUACGGACAUCAGCUGAGACAUUUUUCUCAAAUUCUGGAAUGAGCGAGGAAAGAUGGCUACCAUGUUACGAGAGAUUUGUCACAUCUGUGAUACAUCUCUCGCAGCUCGACAUCAACCUCCACAAAGGGGAAUUCUAUUUUCACUUGAAACCUGCAUCGCCCGGCGAGAUCAUCUUGAAGUAUUACGAUUCCAAAAAGGUGAUGUUGUUGCCGCUGACCAAAAGUGAAUACGAUGGUAUAUGGGCUUCCAACUGGAAUGAACGAAAGUCGAAGCAAAUGAAGAACAGGUUUCUUUUUUUGAGCUGUAUUGUGAGAGGCCAAGCAGGCAAAGGGUUUGAACGCAGACCGUGGAGGUACAUAAUGGCAUUUGACACAAUGCACAGACGGCAAAGCAGUAAGGACUUGAAUACAGAGCUGAGCCCGCGGACGAGCAGAGUAAAUUCUAUCAAAAUGUUCACAGAUUUAAGCUCGAAGCCAUUGACUAUACUUGAUGUGAAUUUCGAAGUCAUUCAUAGUAAUGUAAUCUGCUUGCCAGGUACAAGGGACGCCAGGGGUGCACCUGUGAUAUUUUUGGAUGCUGGAAAGUCGGAAUGGCAGAUUCCAGAUUUCAACAGCGAAGAAAUAGCACGAAUAUGUUUAUAUUUCCUUCAAAUUCCCAGGGAAGAAGUUUCCAAACUAGGUUUGUCUAUUUUUGUCGAUGCACGAAACGCUGACCAUAACAAAAAGACUUUGCAGAUCAUCGGGAAAGCUCUAGUUUUUUUCGAGGAGAUGAAACCAGGUAGCGUGCACAUUGCGUACCUCCUGGGACGGAAGGAUUCACAUCUAUUGAUGUUCAGUGCUGAUAAACUAAAAGAAAAACUUAAAUUUCAAUUCAAAUUGCUGUCGUCUUUUGAUGAUGUGCUAUCUUCCAUUUCAAUGGAUCAAAUUCCCACGACCUUCGGCGGAAGCUUUGAGUACGACCAUGAUGCUUGGCUGCAGUUUCGAUUGAAACAAGAAACCUUCAUGACGGGUUGUCGAAGUGCAACAAAGCUGGCUUUGACGGCAAUAGAUGAACUUGGGAUAAGAAAAUUUGGUGAAACGGUAGAAGAAUGUCAGAGAUUGCUCGAAGAACACGAUAAAAAAUUGAGCGCCAUCUUUUCAGACAGCCGCCUGUCUGCGUUACAAGUCGAAGGUGAACAACUUGUGGCGGACAUACAGCAGACAGAUUGCUCAAAUAAAACACAAGACUGGAAAUAUACCAUGGAAAUUGUCUCGAAAUUAUAUGAAGAAAUGAAUCAAGUGUUCUCCAAGCUGGAAGUUUUGUAUAGAAAACGAAAACAUGAGCUCAAGGAUUGUCUACAGUUGAAAUGCUUUCAAGAGGAAUACGCUAAGGUAUUAAAGUGGCUACAGGAUGUCGGUAUGCCUCACUUGAAAAAACCUGUGGAGAUUGCAAAGUCAUAUAAGCAGGCGCUCAGUUACCAUGAUAACUUUAAGAAAUUCCUGACUGAUGCGAAGAGUUAUAUACUCCAAGCUCAAAAUUCACUAGAGGAUGGUAGCGAUAUAGCUCAGUUGGGAACUAUUGAUUUCAUUGAUGAGAAAGAAAUGUCAAAGGUACUCAAGACAAUACUGGAUCAAUUCACUACAGCACUGGAGGAAAGACGUGUCGCUUUGGUCACGUGUAUUGAGUUUCAUAAAACGAUCAGAGAGUGUUCUGAAUGGAGAAUUCAAGCAUUGAAACACAUGGCAUUCAUGAAUAUGGAAGCAUCAAACUCCUCUAAAGGUGUCGCUUCACUAAAAGAAAGCAUGGAAGGAUUUCUUCAAGAAUUUCCCAUGUGGUCGAAGGAAAGAUUAAAUAACUUAAUUGAACUUUCUGGUAAAUUGAAGAAUGAGGAUCUUCAAAAUCAGGCUGAGAAAUCUGUUGCGGAAUACAAGGAAGUCAAGGAAAAGUUUUUAAAACGUCAGGAAACAUUACAGGGGGCGGCAGUAUGCGUACAGACAGCUGGAGAAGAUGAUGAACAAACUUAUCAAAAACUUUCAGAAACAACCAAAAAAAAGUUGUUGCAUAUUGUGGAUGAAAUGGCCACUACCGAAAGAGAUUAUGUCAAUUUCUUGAAUUAUGUAAUCCAGAAUUAUGUGAAGGAAAUGGAGAGCGAUGAUUUGCCGGCGUCAUUACGGGGAAAGAAAAAUUUAAUAUUUGGAAAUAUUGAAAAGUUGUAUGAAUUUCACCAAAGAAAUUUUUCACAAGAACUUGAGCAAUGUCUAGAAAGACCUUAUCAAGUUGCUGCUACGUUUUUGAAAUGGGAAAGGCAGUUCUUUUUGUACGCGUUGUAUAACAAGAACAAGCCGACAUCCGACAAACUUCUUCAUGAUCAUGGUAGUGCUCAUUUUAGGAAACGACAAGAUGAACUUCAUGAUAAACUAGAUUUGUGCAGCUACCUCCUUAAACCUGUUCAACGCAUUGGAAAAUACGCUUUGUUUUUACAGGAAAUGAUCAAGGUGAUUGAAGUUGAUUCUUCGUCUACAAAACUUCUACGGCAUGCUGAGGAAAUGGUUAAAUAUCAACUACGACAUGGCAACGACCUUUUGGCUAUGGACUCUAUACGGGAAUGUAAUGUCAACUUAAAGGAACAAGGAAAACUCUUACUUGUGGAUGAUUUUACCGUGUGGCAAGAUAGAAGGAAAUGCUUUCGUCGAGUUUUUCUUUUUGAAGACGUGGUUAUCUUCAGUAAAGCAAAGGAACAAACAAGUGGAGCGGAUAUUUUUAUUUAUAAAAGCUCACUUAAGACGGCUGACAUUGGUCUGAGGGAGGCAGUUGGCGAAAAUGUUCUUAGAUUUGAAUUAUGGCUUAGAAGAAGGCAAAACGCCAGAGAUACGUUUACUUUCGAGGCUAAAAGCAUAGAAAAUAAGAGAGCUUGGGUGAAAGAAAUAAGAAGAUUGUUAGAGUGUCAGGCAGUCAGAAACAAAAGGUACAGUGAAGCUGAAGCGACAACAGGUAUCAGUGUUGGUAGUCAACCUGGAGAACAAGUUCUCACGACGCGAUCAUCGAUAAUCGAUGACUCAUCGAAUUUUAGUCCGACAAUAACAAUGCAAACCAUUUCUUCUACAUACAACGAAAACAUGGAGAGACGUCGACUUAUACGGAGAAUGUCAACUAUGAGACGAGGCAGUACCAACUGCCGAGCAAGCGGCAGUAACUAUUCAAGAGAGAAAAAAUCUAGCGAUGAAACACAUAAAUGUCAUCUAUCUUAAUGAUGAUAAUCCCAAUCUUUGUUGUAAAGAACAAUGGACUUUCGGUCAUGUUAGAUUAGAUUUGCAUUGUAAACAAGGAAAAUUCUUUGUCAAAAUCAUAUUGUGUUUCGGCCAUUAUAUGACCCUCAGUACAAGAAUAUUCCUCAAACACAUAACAUUUCAAAACUAGAACUUUGCUUUUUCAUAAUAUUUUAUAACCACUGUGUUUCAUUAAUUUAUUUUUGCACAUCACCUGUUUGAAGUUGAAUUGCUUUUUUUUAGACACAAUGACAAUAAUUAUUUUCUUAUUAUAACUGAGUACAUCAAAACAACGUGAUGUUUUUAUCUAUGAUAUGAAGAUAUGGAAGAAACUAAAACUCUGUUUUAAAGUAUCAUCAUAAUUCACAAUUGUUCUUGUAGUUUAGUUCGUGAAACAUUGAAGACAAUGAUUAUCUUGUUACUAUACCUUAGUACAUCACAACAA